CUUUUUUUUUUAAAAAAAAAAAAAGAAGAGAAAAUUCUAGAAAGAAGUUCCAUUUCUAGAACUACCUUCUCUUCGCCGACACAAAAUCGCAAUUCUCAGAAAAUCGAAUCACAAAAGUUAACAACAAUGGCGUCGGCAGGCAAAUCGCUGAUUCAAACUGUAAAACGCUACUUGAAGAAGCCAUGGGAGAUCACAGGACCUCAAUCGAGUCCAGAAUAUGUAUCCGCCGUACCAAAAGCUACAGAGUACAGAGUUACCUGCCCUGCUACAGCACAAGAUCAAGCUAUAAUCCCCACCUCAAAUCCCGAUACGGUAUACGAUAUCAAGUACUUCUCUCGUGACCAGCGGCGUAAUCGUCCUCCUAUAAGGCGCACUGUUCUUAAAAAAGAUGAUGUUGAGAAGAUGAUGAAGGAGAAGACAUUUAGUAUUGAUGGUUUUCCGAAACCCUACUUGACUGCUAAAGUUGAGGAAGAUUAUAAUGCUAUUGGUGGUGGAUACCAGAAAUGAAGGCUCUCUAGUCAUGGCUAACUCGUCCUGCUGCAAUAACGUGCCUGGUGUGUGUGUGUUCUCUGGUGUAAAUUGGUCAGAGUCAGUUGUUGCUUCAUGAUGUACCAUUUGGAAUUUUCAGGAAUUGGUAGUGCCAUAGCAUUAUGAUAUUUGUAACAUCUUCUGUUUUAAUUGUGAAUCAAUUCUAAAAAGAAUAUCUCGUUUUAUAUUUAGCUAGUUUUUCAAUCUUAUCAGAUUUAAAAGUUUCGAA